UUCAAUCCAAAACUACAAAAGGUGUCAUCGAGAAGCAGAUAAACAUGGAUGCAGAGACUGAAAACUCCUCAAAUGGCUUCUCACCAGAGAUCAACUUGGAGAAGUUACACAAGAUGGCUGCAGAGGUGAUUCUUGUGGGAAAAUUCCUCCUCAGACUCCUGAAUGCUGCUCUGGUGUUUGUGACCAAUUUACUGGCCAGGAUUUUAGGAAGCAGCCUGCUCAGACGACAUUUCCACCUGAUGCUGUCUGCUUUGGUUCUGUUUGGUCCUCUGCUGAGUUUCUGGGUGUCAAAGUACAGCAUCUUCGCCAACAGCAACAACUACCUGUACAGGAAGUUCUUGAAGUCCACUUGGGGUUGGACCUGCGUCUUCACAGGUUCCUUCAUCGUUCUCCUCUCCAUCUCAGCCCGUCACUCCCCUUCUCUCCUCCUCCGUCACCUCUCUCGGAUGGGAGUUGUCGGGUUUCUCUGGUGGGGCUGUCGCCGUCUCCUGACCUUGCUGGAGGAUGCAGCAGGAAUCUGUUAUGAACCCAUGACCCCCGGCCAGGAUAUUCAAGGCUCCGCCUCCUCCAUCCAGCCCCUACUGCUCCUGCAUGAAGGCCAGUCCAAAGCCUCCUGCCUCAGAUUCAACAUGGUGUGGAGAGGUUACGAAGUAUCCCAGGACGUCCUCAUUGUCUGCUUGUGUUGCCUGCUGCUUGUGGAGGAAAUAUCCGUCUUUAGUCUUCACCUGGCUCAAACAAAGGCUCUGCAGAGGUCUCCUGGGGCCCCUUUACGGUUCAUCUUCCUCCUGUGUGUAUUUCUGCUCACUGUUUGGAUGUUCCUGCUGAUUUGUUUGCUUGCACACUUCCCCAAGUUCCCCUCCCAGCAUCUGGGAGGAGCUCUGGGCUACCUGGUAUGGAGAGGACUCUAUCAAGGGUGGUACAGACUCAAACCGAGCUGGGCCUGUCCUGGUUUGCCGGGAGAGGAACUGUUUACCACCAAGGACAUCCACAAACAGCCUCAGUAG